CUCUACCAAAGAAAGGUUCGACUUGACUUACCACAUGAUAGCAGCGACACGCAGUCAUUGACUGCCAGUGUGACCGAUUAUCCCGAGGAGAAUGGAAGAACGUAUCACAGGUACCACGAGGGGGCCUAUGUGUACCCCAAUGACGAACAAGAAAUGGAUCGCCUUGAUAUGCAACAUCACAUGUUCAAAAUCGUGACGGACGGGAAGCUAUUCCAAGUCCCGCUCGAAGACCCGAAGAAAAUCCUCGACAUUGGCACUGGGACAGGCAUAUGGCCAAUUGAAAUGGCACAAUUGUUUCCAGAUGCCGAGAUCACGGGCACAGAUCUGUCUCCAGUACAGCCGACAGAAGUCCCGCCCAACGUUCACUUUUUAAUCGACGAUGCCGCAGAAGAAGAGUGGCUAUGGGAGCCCGAUCACUUUGAUUUCAUUCACACUGGCCAUAUGACAGGGGCUAUGCCAUCAUUCAAACGUGUAUUGCGACAGGCGUUCAAACAUCUCAAACCGGGAGCCUGGAUGGAAUGUCACGAGCUAGACCCCAAACCAAAAUGUGACGAUGGUACCAUGCCACCGGAGAACACGGAGGGAGGCUUCAGUGCAUUCGCCAUCCAUGAUUGGAUAGACCUUAACAUGCGCUCAAGCCGUGAUGCUGACCCACCAAGGCAAUUUCGGAUCGCACACAGGAUUGAACAGUGGAUGAAAGAUAUAGGGUUCGUUGAUGUUGAGCAACGGAUUGCGAAAAUCCCCAUCAACCCCUGGCCACAGGAUAAGAAGCUAAAAACAAUUGGCGCUUGGAGUGAAACCAAUUGGCUCGCUGCUUUGUCCGGAUGGUCAUACAAGCCGUUCCUCGCCCUUGGGUGGUCGAAACCCGAGAUCGAAGUCUUUCUCGUUGAUGUGAGGAAGAGCAUACAGGAUCGAAGUGUACAUGCCUAUACGGAAUUUUAUGUCGUGAUGGGGAGGAAGCCAUUUCCCAAUGAGGCUGCACGCCAAGACCCGGAAAGCUGUGAUGCGAAAGUUGAUCUCCGACGAUUGCGAACAAGCCAACACACCAAUUGGCAGGCAUAUGACAUAGCCGACUCUAUGUCUUUCGGCAGACAUGCCUAUCGGCAUGCUCUAAAGCCGCCCGCUUCUCCAACCCUCGACCAUCUCUGGAUCAGCGAUGACUUGCUCACAGCUACGUUUCGUCGCUUUGCCAAUGGUCAACGACGCCAUGGGAGCUGCGUGCCCGGCCCAUUGGAAGCUCGACGACGACUAGCAAAACGAAGAAACACGGCUCUAGCGAGCAUUGGAGGCAGUUCGGCUGAAGACAUCGCGUGUCUGUUUGGCCGCAAUGGGAGGGAACAUAUGAAGUGGACCGACCAUCCGUGGCAGAGAGCACCGUUCGAAACUCAUAGCUUGGCCGAUUAUUCUUUAGGUCCUGCUGAGGUACCUUUUCCUUACUCCGACCAAAACCCGGUCCCUGAGCCUGUAUCAAGCGAAUUUCAUACCCCCCGAGCUCCUGUAUCGGACCACGCUACGCGGGAACAGAUGCUGGAAGAUUUUUUGGAAGGGAAGAGCUGGGGCAUUGAGGAUGCUAGGGACUUCACUCGCAGUUUACGAAUUGACCUCCACCGGGAGCCACAAUAUAGCCGGCGGAUAUUCGAGCGACUACUUGCUCGUUCGGACCCGAAUCUCACGGAAGCGAUUGCGUUCUUGGAUGAUCCAUUCAUGAAUACGAGGGGCUCGGGAAAUUAUGCGGCCGCUGUCGAGAUAUUCACUCGGGCCAAAACGAAACGCGGCAAACGGAUUGCCGUUCUGAAUGCGAUCAAUCGUGCCUUGGAGCUGGGUUCCAUCCCAACUGAUGAGAUUUGUGUGAUCAUUACGGCUUUACCGAACAUUCUUGUCGAAAACAACAAGACAUUAGGAUCAUGGGACCAGAAAGCGCUGACCAAGCACUAUCGGGCGAUGUGGAAAGCUAUCGGAUCUUGUAACAUUCUCGGAUAUCACGAUCUGGACAGGAAGAUCGUUGAUUUCUGGCUUGAAGAACUUCUGAGUAUUCGCAACUUCAGAUUCGCCGAAGAAAUCAUCAUCGAAACUCAUGACGCAGAACGUGGCAGCCGAUGGCCUUCUGUCUUGGUUCAAGCCUGGUUGGAGACCAUGGAUGUCGACCCGGAGACAAGCCUGCCGUUCCCUGACAAGAUCUUCAACCAGCUUGAUGUCAACAGUGCCGCCGACUGUGUUAUUCGCGUGACAGAGUCUUUGGCAGCAUCUCCAGCGGACAGGGUUACCAGAAACAAUCUGCUCGAACGAUGGCGGACUUGCCUCUCGAACGCCGAAAUCAUCGCGACUGUUGCCAAUUCCCAGGUCUGGUACGACUUCCCUCUACCAUGCGUUGAAACACAGAUCAAGCAUGCUGCUGUGAAUCAUUCAACUCCACGUCAAAUCAUCCUACGACUCUGGCUCCUACGAACGCUUGGUCGAUCCACUGGGCCCAUGUACAACCAGAGUUCAAGAGCAACGGACCGACCAAUCUGUUCAUUGCUCAAUCUCUACGAAACUGUCAUGCAGAACCCCAGCGGGGCAUUCUUCCCCGUCUUAAUGCGCGAGAUUCACGAUCUCGAUCUCCCAUACAACAGCCUUCUGCUCCUAGCUCUCACCAAAAAGGGCAAAACCUCCAUCACCAAAACCACACGCAAAACUCUCGAACGACUAGAGACCUCUCAGCUUUCCCUAGCAGAAAUAUGGAAAACCCCAGCCAUAUACAAGGGAAUCCAAAAACUUUUCCACACCACAUUCGACGAAAUGUUCCACCGCAUAGAUCUAACCGACCCAACCACAGUUGAAGAGAUCAUGCACAUCGUUCGAUCAGGAGACUCAACGAGCAUCUGGCCCAUCCUCCGACUCCUCAACAACAACAUCCCAUUCAAGCUCAGCCUCCACAAAGCUUGGCAGCCUAUCCCACACCCUGACGACCACGCCCUCGUCCGGUAUCAUCCCGGUCCACGAACGAGCCGAUGCCCAGAUCCCCAUGCUGCGGUCGACCUCAUCAACCAGCUGGCGGUCGCUCUCUCCUGCUGCAAUCGCUUGACGCCGUGUCAGUCUUUCCAUAUGAUUCACUGGCUCUAUGGAUAUCUUCGCAGACACGGCGGGCCCGUGGAUCCGGAGUUCGUGCGCGCCAUGUACCAUGCUGGUAUUGUGCGGUAUCGCCGUGACGGGCUUCGUGUCUCGGCUAUGCGUUAUGAGUACAUUAUCUGGAUUGUGGGCAAGUUUGAAGGCCGUGAGGUUCUUAAGCAGCUCACGGCCCUACCGGAGAUUGGCGAGACGAGGCCUGUCAGUGAAUGCUAUGCUUAG